CUUCCAUCUUUCCCCUUCUCAACUUUUGCAACAAACUUGUCACCAAAUCAUCUACAUCAAUCAACUCAUCGAACCUAUUCGACAUCAUCGAGUCACAUCUGGCGUGUCAUCACUCACUUCUUACAUAAACAGGCGGCGACUUCAUUCUCUCUACUACCGUCGCUUUCGCUUCCUGCGUCUCUCAUCUCGCCCGGUAUCCGCCGCUCUGAUAACACCCGACUUCACAAAACGUCAUCAUGUCGGCUUCGGUCCAGAACAACGUCGAUAUCGACGCCCUCCUCGACCUCACAGAGUACGAGAACGUCUCGAAUUACCAGUCUCCUUCGACCUCAGUCUCGCCCUCAGCGACCGCGAAGCCUACCUUCACAAGCCCCGUUACCGCGGCCGUGUCAGUGCCCGCAGCUACCACAACCACACAGACCUUGAGCGGUCCCAGUCACAACUAUGAUCUGUACCGACAACAGACUGGCUUUGUGCCCGGUGCGCUCGCAAACACCAUGGCGGUGAACCAGACCAACAACACUGGUUACCAGGACUUUGGCAGCAUCGACUAUCUUUCCACCUUUAGCCCCGAGAACGAUAUGUUUGACUUCAACACCUCGCCUUCUCAAGGAACUCUGGGUGCUUCGGAUAUCGAUAUGGACUUCGAGUCCCCUGCCGAUUCGCAGCAAUUCUUCACCAUCAACCCUAGCAACAUCGAGCAGGAUGCCAGCCUGCCAUCGCCACCUGUUCUGCCCACCCAGACCAACAAUGUCGGCCGUCUCUGGCCUGGCGCCCACUCUCAGGCUGCCCUCGCCAAGGCUCAAGCUGAGCAGCGUCACCAGCAGCGUCUGAUCCAGCAGCAGCAGCAGGCUCAGCGACAGAGCCCCCAGGCCAAGUCUCGCGGCAAGGCUCCUCAGCCUACCGACCCCAUCGUCGAGCAGAAGAUCACUCAGCUCCUCAACUCGAUGCGGGCCAAGCCCUCCAUGCCUGAUGGUCAGGGCCAGAGCCCCAUGACCAACCUUCCCCGCGCCAAGAAGGACGAGGAUGACAUGGAUGAGGAUGAGCGACUCCUGGCCAGCGAGGAGGGCAAGAAGCUCAGCAGCAAGGAGCGCCGCCAGCUUCGCAACAAGGUUUCAGCUCGUGCUUUCCGUUCCCGCAGAAAGGAAUACAUCUCUCAGCUCGAGAGUGAAAUCGCCAACAAGGUCAAUGAGAAUGGUGAUCUCCGAUCCCAGAACCGGGCCCUCGUCGAGGAGAACAAGCGUCUCACCGACCUGACCCGCAUGCUUCUGUCCUCGUCUUCAUUCUCCAACUUCCUGGACACCCUCAGCAACAACCCUGCCGCCUCUACCGCCCCUACUCCUCAGCUCAAGGUUGAGCCUCAGCAGGAGCAGCGCCAGAUGCCCAAGGACAUCAACCCUUACAACGCCCAGCAAUCUCAGCAGCAGCAGAUUGGCAUGGCCAUGAUCCCUGAGCAGAAUAUGGACUUCUCCAUGCUCAGCCUGGACAACACCUACAACUUCCAGCCUCAGGUCUUUGUCGUCGACACCCCUGAGGUGCCCGCUCUUGAUGCCGCUGUUCUAUCUGGAAAGACCUCCAACUUUGUUGAGCCUGCUUUUGAUUCCGAGGAUGAGAAGGUCGACAUGCCCAUCAUCGAGCGGCCUGUUGAGAAGCCUCAAGUGUCUGAGCCUGUCGAGGCUGUCCCUGUCGACGCUGAGUUUGAGUCUGAUCCCGAUUUCGCCCUGUUCCACAACGAGCCUGCCACUACCACUGAGCAGCCCAAGGAGCUCGACACUGAGUGUCUCUCCAACGUCGACCUCUUUGGUGGCAUUGAAUCUGAGAAGGUUCUCUCGCGCCUGGAGCUUGUCGAUGCCAGUGAGGAAGAGACCACAGCUGCUCUGGCCAUGCUUCGAGUUGAACGCAUCUGCGCCAGCACCCAGGCCGUUGUGUCAAGGUUAGAGCUUCUCACCCUUGACAUGUAAAUGUAGUUGGAAUAGGAUUGCAAAGGGAGGAACAGAACAGGACAUACAAAACUAGCGAUUUCAUUUUCCUUUGUCACAUAUGGAAACCAUAGCGGAUUGGGAACGGACACCACGGCGUUUUGGCAGAUGGACGGAUCACCCAUAGGCGGUGCCCCCUACAUAAUUUGAUUGAUACUGGCGGGAUUACGAGUGAUGACCCCGAGGAUUUAGUUGUGUACAGUUAGAUAGAUAGGCCUACCGCCGCUCGAUAUCAGAAUCCAGACUUGAAGUCUA